AUGGCGUCGAGGGAGACUCGGUUAAGAGCCCUUGCUUUGUACAAGGAGCUUCAUCGUCUAGGACGCGAAUAUCCAGACCCCUCAUACGAUUUCCAUGGAAAGAUUCGACGGUUGUACGAAAAGAAUAGAAACCUAACGGAUAAAGAAGAGAUUGAGAACGCCUUGCGGCUGGGGGAAUAUAUCAAGAAAGAGACGCUGGCUCUUUACUCGUUGCGGAAGUACAGGCACUUGAAGCGGAUGUACCCAAACAGCUCAAUGUCAGAUCCAUGA